UUUAUUGGACCAAGUAAAUAGCAGCUGCAAUCUCUAUUUAAACCACAACCCAGUGUCUGACCAAUGCACCAAAGGUUAGUGUGAGCUCUCACCAAUGGCUGUCAAAGCUCUGCUGCUGUUACUAUUGGCCACUUUUCUGCUUGUUUCAACAACAGUUGCUUCCAAUGAAGUGGGAGUGAAGACUGAGAUUAAGUAUGCUGCUCCUGUUCCAGUGAAGGCACCUAUCCCUGCUCCACCCGUUAAGCCUCCCACCACUCCGGUGCCGCCGUACAAGGCUCCAACUCCAGCACCCCCAACUAAGGGCCCCACUCCAUACAAACCCCCUACCAAGGCCCCCACUCCACCAUAUAAACCACCAACCAAGGCUCCUACUCCCCCAUAUAAACCCCCAGCUCCUGCACCACCAACCAAGGCUCCUACUCCACCAUAUAAGCCCCCAGCUCCUGCACCACCAACCAAGGCUCCUACUCCACCAUAUAAGCCCCCAGCUCCUGCACCACCAACCAAGGCUCCAACUCCACCAUUUAAGCCCCCAGCACCAGCACCACCAACCAAGGCUCCUACUCCCCCAUAUAAACCCCCUACUCCCGCACCGGCACCUCCAGUCAAGGCCCCUACUCCCCCAUAUAAGCCCCCAACACCCCCAACCAAAGCACCAACUCCAGCACCAGCACCGCCAACUAAAGCACCAACUCCCCCAUAUAAGCCCCCAGUUCCUACACCUCCAGUUAAGCCACCAACAACUCCAGCACCGCCUUACAAGCCACCAAGUCCACCAUUGCCACCUGUUAGGACAAAAAAGGAUUGCAUCCCAUUAUGUGGACAAAGGUGCAAAUUACACUCAAGGACUAACCUAUGCUUGAGAGCUUGCAUGACAUGCUGUGACAGAUGCAAAUGUGUCCCACCAGGGACAUAUGGUAACAGGGAAAUGUGUGGCAAAUGUUAUACUGAUAUGAGAACCCACCGCAACAAGCACAAAUGUCCUUGAAAAGCCCAACCAAAGCCCCCAAAAAACGACACUUCUUGAGUAUGUGUUUUUCAUAUUUGUAAUAGCAAAAAAGCUUGCAGUAAUAAGUUCUGUAAGAAGAGAGGAAAUGGAUGGAUUUCUUGUAGUGUCUUCGUUUGUAAUCCUAGAAGCUAUGAACUUGUCAAAUAGUUUUAAUUAACAUAUAAUUGAAGAUAAAUAAGUAGUAUAUAGUAAGUUCCCUUUUGUUCUCGUUAAUGAAAAAUUAUGUUCCUAA